CCUUUAGAGUUGAAAGCAUAAUAUCGUUUAGAGAAUGGUGGUUAAAGUGUAUGGUCCAGCUUAUGCUGCUUGCCCACAAAGGGUCUUAACAUGCCUCAUCGAGUUAGGGGUCGAGUUUGAACUUGUAUCGAUCGAUCUUGAAUCUGGAGAGCAAAAGAGUCCCAAGUUGUUGCUUCUACAGCCGUUUGGACUUGUUCCUGCCAUUGAGGACGGAGAUUUCAGACUUUUUGAAUCUAGGGCAAUUAUCCGAUACUACGCAGCAAAAUACGCCAGCAGCAGCAUAGAACUCCUGGGAAACACUUUGGAAGAAAGAGCCUUAACCGAUCAAUGGCUGGAAGUGGAAGCUCAAAACUACAACCCUUUAGUAUACAAUCUGGUGCUUCAACUGAUGGUGCUGCCGCGAAGUGGGCACAGAACCGACAUGACGGUGGUUCAGAAUUGCAAGACAAAGCUCGAAAAAGUGUUGGAUGUUUACGAGCAGAGACUGUCGAAGAGCAAAUACCUAGCUGGAGAUUCAUUUACACUGGCUGAUCUGAGUCACCUUCCGAAUACGAGGUUUUUGAUGAAUGAAGGUGGCUUGGAACAUCUGGUGAAGGAGAGGAAAAGUGUGCAUUCUUGGUGGACAGAUAUUUCGAGUCGUCCUGCUUGGAAGAAAGUCAUGGAGCUCAAUAAUUAAUCUCAACCGAACGAUGCGAUCUGAUAUCGAUGAUGAUUACCGAUCCAUGUGAUGGCAGGAAGUGAAACCUACUAACCUAGUAAUCCUCUCAAUUUCAUACUUGUUUAGAUCUAUUUAUAUUAUCGACGAAAAUCUCAACUUAUUCGAAUAAAAGUAAUCUCAACCUUUUAAUCA